AAUUAAAACAGACGCGGCCCAGAUCCGCCUCCCUCUAUAUAUCGACUCGCCACACAGCUAGGGUUUUCUCUCCUCGCAGCGCGCCACCGCCCCCCUGAAACACCCCCAAGCCGGCGCCGCUGCCGUCCGGCCCUCGUCCUUCACCAUGAUCAUCUCCAAGAAGAACCGCCGCGAGAUCUGCAAGUACCUCUUCCACGAGGGUGUCUUGUAUGCCAAGAAGGACUACAACCUGGCCAAGCACCCCAAGCUUGAUGUCCCCAACUUGGAGGUCAUUAAGCUCAUGCAGAGCUUCAAGUCAAAGGAGUAUGUGAGGGAGACCUUCUCCUGGCAGUAUUACUACUGGUACCUCACCAACGAUGGCAUUGAGCACCUCCGCACCUUCCUCAACCUGCCAUCGGAGGUUGUGCCUAAUACCCUCAAGAAGUCCUCCAAGCCCCCAUCUCGACCCUUCGGCUCUGGCCCACCGGGUGACCGCCCCAGGGGCCCCCCACGUUUUGAGGGUGACAGGCCGAGGUUUGGAGACAGGGAGGGUUACCGAGGAGGUCCGCGUGGUGCUCCAGGUGAUUUUGGUGGUGAUAAGGGUGGUGCUCCUGCAGAGUUCCAGCCAUCUUUUAGGGGUAGCAGACCUGGCUUUGGCCGUGGUGGUGGCGGCGGCGCUUUUGGUGCUGGGGCAUCUUCCAUGGAGUGAUACUUGAGUUAGCAAAGCCCGCACAUUGUUUUGAUGAAAAGCUUUACAGAUGCAGCGCGCAAGGGGAGGCUUCUCUGUUGGUCUUUGAAUUAUGAGGACAACGCGAUUAUGUUUACCAAGUUGUAGCAGUGGUUAUGUGAUUUUUCGUUUUUGUUAGAUGAAAUUCUUGAGGCUGUUGGUCGGCCAAGAUUCCAAGAAUGAAGAAUGUUAUGAGCAAGUUAUCAUCAUUCUGUCUCUGUCGUCUCCUGUGUCGGUUGAAUGUACGAUCCCUCUCUUUUGCUCU